UCUCCCAUAUGUGGCAUCAACAACCGCGCAUACACUUCCGCUCUCCUCACCGCCUCCUGCCUCUGUGUGGCACGAAUCGCCUCUCAUAUCAGUGAGUGGGCUGCAAGUCAAAUUAGCUCUCCGUCAUCCUGCUCGCUGAACGCACCCGAGGCUACUGCGGUAAGAUGCGGCGACGCACGAUGCCGAGCCGCGGAGGGUGAGAUGAUGCGCAAUGGCCGAGCGAGUGAGGAGACAAGGACCGACAAAGCAUUCACUGAUUUCUGAUUGAGACGGUGGGACAGACCUGAAUGCACGUCUGACUGAAUUGUGGCGCUGUGGCUCCGGUGGCGCAGGCCGACUGGAAGGAUGUGGCGGCGCUGAUCCCGCUGAAGGAUGCUCCAGAGCCCGAGGAGGGUAGAAUAGGUUUCGCUUGUGAACAACACGGAAGCAGAGGGACGUUAAGUAGAGGACACUUAAUUCAAAGCCUGGACCGGAGACACCGAGACACCUGUCAGGUAUCCCUUUCAGGGCAUGCUGGCUGGGGAUACUGGUUUUUGCUGGUACAGUGUGUGGUUUGACGUGGUUCAUCUUCAUCAUAGUGGUACACAGCCUGCUCAUGUUGUUUGGUGACAGCUGAGUCAGUCCUCAGUGCCAACAGGGACGGCGGAGAAGCUCUUAAAAAAGCAUCAUUGAGCAUCACUGUGGAAGAAAACAAACUUCUCCUUAUCCUCUCUAUCAUCAGCUCUGACAGCUGGACGCCUGACCGGGCCGUUUUGUUUUCUUCUUCGGGAGACUGUCAAAGUUAAGGAGCAAUAAAGAGAAACAGAAGCACAGGAAAAACAAGUGAAUCUGCUUCCUGUUUUUGUUGUCCAAAAACUCAGAUGUUAAGACAUGAGCUUAGCAAGAGAGUCAGUUUCUCUUGCAGGGUCAAGAGUCGUAAGAAAUUCUUGAGAGUGUUUCAGCUAUUUCAUCAUGCGUAGUGUAUUUUAUCCAGCUUACGAUAUUUUUACAUCUGAGCUGUCAAGAACAUUAUCUUGAUAGUGCCAGAGUUCCCUCUCCCCGGACGGGCUGCAUUCUGAUAAGUGAGUACAAACCAAAAGGACAUCGAUGAGGCCAACAACGAGCACCAUGCUCCAGCAGAACAACAACAACAACUACCCCUGCCUGAACGUGUCAGGCUCGACCCGGGAGAUCCUCCAGAAGUGCUCCAGAGCCUCUCUUCCCCUCCCCAGCCGACUGGAGCUGGGUCUUGGCGACCUGCCGCUGAUUCGGGGCCUUCGAGCCUGGGCCCUGUGCUCCAAGAACCGCCGGAAGGCCGGUGGUCUGCUUGGAGGAGGACAAGCACCUACAGCUCCUCCUGCAGGCCGCGGGGGCUCGACUUCCUGCCCCAGGCCUGCAGAUGUGUACCUGAGUAGGGAGUGGGGUCGCUUGGGGUACGGGCUUCCUUUGGGGCUGGACGCUGGGCAGGCUGGCAUUGGCGCUUUGGUAACGGUUGCCACUUUGAAGACUUCAGAAGGCAGCGGGAAGACACAGACUCAAUGUCUCUUCCUCCGGACUGAGAAAGGGAGCUGUUUGUAUUCAACAGCUAAGCCUGGUUCUGGUGUGACAACCAGUGCAGCCUCCGGUGUGGUCGGGGGAUGGCUGAGAGGCAAAACAGGAGGAGGAGGAGGAGGAUGCAGAGACACUCCUGCCGGGAGGAGGGACCAUGGGCUAACGCCACCAACGCAGAGCGGAGCAAACCGGGUUAGAGUGCGUUCUGGCCGGAGAUGGAGGAAGUCCUGUAAUGCAGCAGGACGAGAGAAAGCGGGCGUGAGCAGAGAGAGGCAGCAGCAAAGUAACAGGGAGGAUCCUGCCAGAGAAAUCGCUCUGGGAGAAAGGCAGGAAGACCGAGACAAAGGAGGCCUGGACGGUAAACAGUUUCCCAGCCCACAGCAGGACAUCAGAAGAGCCAGACAGGAGAAAGAAGGAGCACUGAGAAGUGCCAGAUGCUGCCACAACAUUUCUCCCAAAGCCUGUACUCAGUGUGGAAGGAGAGCACGAAGGAGGGAGAGCCAGGAUGAACACCAGGGCGGAGAAAGUCCGAACAACAGGCUGAACUGUGAGGCGAAGGGAAUGAAGAAGGAGAUGCAAAAGAAUGAGGAGGAGGAGGAGAAGCGAGACCUCUGCGAGUUGGAGACCUCGGACUCUGUUCUGGCUGCACAAAGCCCUGACCUAGAAUCUAACCACUCUCACUCAGAAUCCCACAGCGGCCGUGAUGUUGAAGAGAUUAAAGAAGCCGAGAGCAAUGAGGGGAUGAAAACACAAACCUCUCACAGCAAGGAUGACUGUUCAGAGGAAGAGGAAGAUACAAACUCUGAGGUUAUGAAAAUACACACAGACAGUGAUCCCCUUUGUGGCCGUUCUGAGCAGGUGAUGGAUGACUUUUGGACAGGACAAAAUGAUAGAAAAUCAAGUGAAAACUCCCGUGAGGAAAUUGCAGCUUGUGUGGAGGCAAACCAAGAAUCUGAGAAAGUCAUGGAGGGUGUGGAUGUUAAAGAGGAGGAAGGGAACAUCAGUCAGGCUCCUGCUGGAUUCUCGCUUGAGUCCAGCCGCUGUGAGGACAUCUCUGUCUCUACUUGUCCUGCCCCCACUAGCACUGCAGUCUCCCCCGAGUCCUCCGCUCCUAUAGAGGGCAGCACCCAUAAUGCUGACCAUGAGAACUGUGGUGCUCUGAGAGAGAACAGCAAAGAAGAUCACCUCAAAUGGUAUCAACAAAUAGUAUCAGACUGUGGGGUCAUGGGUAAGGAAGAACCAGAUGUUGGUAGAUUUGAACAGCUAGAACUAAACUGUGUGGCUGACGAGAGCAACACUGUGAACGAGAGCAGAAAACCUCUGUUUUCCUUUAAAAAUGUGGACGACAGCGGCCUGCCAGACGAGAGAGAUGCUUCAUCUUCACCUCUCAGACACGAUGAUCCCUCCAUCUUUGAGGCAGACGGGAGGAUCGUAACAGCACGCGGCUGCAGCUAUAGUGGGCUUAACGUAGCAGAGUGGAGAGAUGAGCUGGUGUGCGAACAGAGAGAAGAGGAGUCAUGUGAAGGGAAAACCGAGCAGAGAGCAAAUCCUGAGGAAGGAGAUGAAGCUGGGGAGCUCUGGAGGAGAGAGCGCACUGGGAACGAGCCAGACGGUGGUGAUUUUAAAGAUGGUGACGACAAAGAACGACACGCUGAGGAUGACACUAAUGACGGUGCCAUCCAGGACGAUGACGAUAAAGAAGUAAGGCAACACUGUGCGCUAAAAGUCAACUGGAGGUCAGAGGAGCGUGCAGGUGGAUGCUGGGGAUGGAAGGACGAGGUUGGAGACACCUCUGGACAAACAAGCAUCACCCAUGUUGGAGCAGAGAGAGAGACCAGCACGAACGCAGCCUGUGCUGAUCCCUCCACCUCUCUUGCUCUCUCCCUGGCUAAUUCUGCCCCCUCUCCGUCCCUCCUGGAAUCCAUGGCAACCAGCCUGCCCUGUGUGGAGGUGGUGGAGGAGGAGGAGGAGGAGGAAGGGGUCGGAGUGACGGCAGGAGACAGAGAAGGAGGCCAGGAAGGGGACAGGAGGCCCGGGCGAGAGCUGGAGGAGCUGAGCGAGGAGAGGAGCUCCACCCUGGACACUCAGGAGGGGAGGAAAGAGGAGGAGGAGGAGGAGGAGGACGAUGAGUUUGGAGUGUUCAUGCAGGCGGAGGGAGAGCCGUCCUGGAGCCAGGGAUCCACCGUGUCUGCCUCAGUGCCUUGUGGGAGCAGAGCGAGUGUUGCACUUGGAAACCAUGCCAUCAGCGGGGAGUCGAUCCACUGGACACCAGGCUGGACGGACAGCUCGUUCCACCAAUCGGACGACGCCUGGACGGCUUUUCCUCAGGACUCGUCAGGCGACCCUCGAGACGUCGUGGGACAGUGGUGGCCUACCAGCGCUGUGGAGGAGAGCAGAGGCAGACUCCUGACCAAUCAGAAUCUGACGACUGUCUUUGCUGAGGCCUUCCCCUCAUCGCCUGGUUCGUCCUCACGUGACGCUGUUCCCACGCUGACCCAGUUCCUCAGGGGCACAGCCAGCCAGGACCAGGGGCUUUUGGACAGUUUCCACGACUUGAACAAAAUGAUUUGCCAGAGAUACAAGAGAGCCAACGGUGUGUCUCGUGACCUGCUGCUGAAGACUUUACACCUGGAGCAGCCACACACCGAAAACAGACCCGCUUCCCGGAUAGCCAAUCGCCGACUCUCUCCCGGCCUUCCCUCGGCCAAUCAGCACGCUCAGAACGCUGCUGCUAAGCGACGGCUGUCAUACGACUACAACAGAAACAUCAUGGAGUGACAGCUCUGGUGUGACUUUUAGCUGAACUGCAGGUUGUAACCGGAGCGGCGCAGAGCGGACCGACGGCCGGUUUCUCAGCACUCGGGAUUCACGUGUACUUUCUGCUCACCAAACACUGACUGAUCUUUUGACUCUGACUUUGCACACUUCCUGGACGUAACCUGGACGAAAACAGAGCGACUCACUUCAGUUGUGUUUGAGGACUCGUCUCCUCCAGCUCCUGCUGAUGUAUACUGGUGGAGUGUUUCCAUCACACGUGUGCCACCUUUUUCACCACCACCACCCUCCCAUCUUCAUUUUCCUUUCCGACCCUGAUUACAGCAGACCCACAGCUACAAGUUAUGCAUCACCAUGUUGUUCCUGUUGUUUUGUUAGCUGAGACAGGAGUCAUCUUUGUCAGAGCAGCUCUUUUGUCUGAAUUAAGCGUCAGAGCGUUGAGCCAAACAAAAAGGAAGUCACUCAGAAAUGUUGCUUUCAUUCAUGGUUGUUACAUUCACGAUUUGUGAAGGUCAGCCUGCUUGCCAGUAACUAUCAAACCUCUUUUUAUUGUCCUUCUUUUACCUUUGUGCGUGUUUUACAAAUACUCUUACUCUUAUCCAAAAUAUUGUCUCUUUGGCUCCACCAAGAGAAGUUUAAUUCAACUAAUGAGAUUUUUGUCUCCCAGCAGAGCAGCUCUGACAGAAAGGUUUUGUAGAACUGAUGCUGUGUUCACGUCAGGUGGGAAUGGACGAGAGCAAAAAGAGCAAAAGAUUCCUGUUACGACUGAUGUUUAGCCUUCAAAGAGUGAAAAGUCUGCACUUUAACAUCUUUUUUAUCACUGAGCUGAAGUUUACCAUCCAGUUUGACCGUUAACCCCAAAAUAAUAGUUUAUAUUUGCCACAUUAGCAUUGAAUUCUUCACUGUGAAAGAGCCGUUCAUGUUUGCUUUUUGAGCACUUCUGCAUCAUUUAGUGCCAAGCUGAGCUUUCAGAAAAACUACAUUUUACAAGGUUGCAUCCACAUGAUGUGAAUGUGACAGGAAGCUUCAUCCUUCCUCCCAGACACGCUGUUUUUGAGGAACACA